AUGAGUAUAAAAUUUGUGCUGAUGUUGUUUUUGUUUUUCGUGACAAAUACAAAUGUACUUAGCAAGAAUCCCGACAUUUUAAAGUUCAAAGCGUUUAUUCUGCGCGCACAAAAUAGCCAGUACAAAAUUUUAAAUCUGCACAACAGCAGCAUUAAAAAGAUUAAAGAAAUUCAAAAGAGCUUCAAAACAAACGUUUUUGUUAGCAAGCAAAUUAAGGAUUUCUCCAAACGAAUAGAUGCCUUCAAGUUGCACCUAACCAGCACCCCCGCCCUGUCCAUAGUUGUUAAGUUUUUUAAAGAUAAUGCAAAGAGCCUGAGGUUGUCCGCUUUGCACUUUAUAAGAAUAUACAAAUUUAUAAUUUACAUUAGAUGCCUCCUAGAGUGGCUUCCCCAAAUCAACCCUCACCUCAACCCCUUUUCAUACAUUUUCACCUACACGAAUAGCUACGUCCAGUUUUUCCAUAAAUACGUCCCGAACGUUUUUGGAAUAGAUCUGAGUGGUGUCUUUUCUUGGCUCCUUCUCGAAAUGAUAGAAAGUUAUUUGUCUUAA